AUGGCUUCAGAAUACAAAGUUGGACAGAGGAUUUUAGUGUUAGCUGAUGGCAAGAACUGGGUACUUGGUGAUGUCUUGGAAGUUGGUAAAAAUUAUGCUUUUAAGGUCCAUUAUGAUGGAUGGGAUGCUGCCUAUGAUGAAGUGAAGAAAUUAGAAGAUUGUUACUGUUGGAACCAAUUUGAAAGUGUCAUGGCUUGGAUGUGGUAUGAUGCAACAGUGUUAGAGGUUGUCAUCCACAGGGUAAAAGUAACUUUUGAUAACUGUCCUGCAACGUUCACAGGUGCAUGGGUGGGAGAUAAUCAAGUCAAACCAGCACCGGACACGUCGCAAUCUAAAGACGGUGAUUAUUCAGUGGGACAGAAAGUAUCUAUCUUUCGAAGCAAGCGAUGGAUUCCGUCAACAGUCGUAGAAAUAGGCUCACCAUUUAUAUAUGAAGUAACCUAUGAUGGCUGGGGUGAUCAGUACGAUGAAUGCGUUAGUCCAGAGAAAUGUAAAUUACGAAAUGGACAAAGAAUUGGUUCGGAUCCAAAAGUGAUCAAGAAAGGCUGUCAAUUAAACAUACUUUGGGCAGAUGGUAACUGGUAUGCAGCGACUGUUUUGAAUGUGGGUGAUGGUGUAGCUAAAGUGCACUGUGAUGGAAUGCCACCUGAGUUAGAUGGCUGGGUCUUUGCUACCCAAAUCAAACCCCUGGAAGGCGUUGCUGGUGCCAAGUCGAACGUAGCCAAGUCUCAGGAUAUACCAGAUCAACCCAGAGGAAAAUUCAAGAAAAUUGAACAUAAGAAAGUUGUAACUGGAGUUGAGAAAUUUGAUGAGACUGACGCUGAGAGUAAAUGGCAAGAAAUGUUGAAAUCAAAGCUUUUACCUCAGGGAACCAUCAAAGAAAUGGAAAGCAAAAUAAAAUCAAGUAAAAAACCAGCAUGGUCAGGCAAACCUCUGCCAUCUGAUGAAUAUGAAGCGAGUAUCGCCGCUACCGACGAGGAUAUGGAAUAUGCGGAAAUGUUGGCCAAGAUAUUAGAAAAACGAGGAAUAAAAGUCACUACUGAUGUUGACAAGGUUCAUGAUUCUAGAGUGUUUGUAGUGAUUUACAGUGACAGUACUGCCAGAGAUGAGAACGUAGUGCGUCAUUUGACAAGAGCCGCUGAGAGAUUCAAUAGUGGUGAAACUAUCAUCGUACCUGUCAUCAGAAGUGGCUGUACACCCAGGGUGUUGGACAAAAUACCUGAUAACAUCGCCUACUCAUUGUCAAACACCAACUUCAUUAAUAUGGCUUCCUUUCAUGAUCCUCUACAAAAAACAUUGCAGACUCGUGUUAAUGAAUUAGCAGAUGUAAUUCGUCAUCAUGCAAGAGAGGAAACUGACUGGAAUUUAACUGGAUUGUGGUGUUGUCAGGCCAUUGUAACCGAUGAGAGAUCUGGUCAGUCACUGGUCAAAGACUUUUUUGUUUUACUUCAACAAGAUGGCACCAAAAUAACUGGUAAAAGUACACAUGAGUGGAAAAUCUCAGGUGAAGUCAAAAACAGUAUUGUAACUAUCAAGUUUGAAUAUCGCGGUGAAUGGACUCAGCACACAGAGGGAACAUGGGAAGAAAAGGAUUAUAUGAUGGUUGGUGAAAUCUCCGCUAUUGUCACUAAUCAAGGGUAUCGUCUAGAGGGAAACUACGCACAUAAAGCUGAUGCAGGGAAUAGUGAAGUGCCUGGAGUAGGGUACCAGAGAUGUUCUCUGGUUGGUUUAUUCAAUGCAACUUUGGAACGCAAUGGUUUGUCUGGUCUUUACCUAUGUGAUUUUGGUGAUAAUGACCCGAGUUAUAUUGGUAUCGUUCAUCUUGGAGGCAAUGAAGUGAUUUUAGAUCUCCCCUGGGCUUACGGUGUCAGAUUUAAUGGUUUCUAUGAUACGAUUACAAAAAACAUCAACAUCACUUCUCCACAUCAGUUUUACUCAUGGACAAUUUAUGGUAUUGUACAAUGUGAUGAUAGUAAGAGCACUGUCAUCAAGGGUCCAUUUUCCUACGUGGAUAGUUCUGGCGUUACCCAGCCAAGUAUAGAUGUAACUAUGAAACGAGAUGAGAUACAUCAGAAGUAUGUGGCUUCUGCAAAGUCACAUGGAGAUGAUGCAAAUCUUAUGAAAAUGUACAAGAUGCAACCGGAAAGAAAACUACCAAUUCCAUUCAUUCCCCAUGUGUACAAACCCAUCACAUCUGAUGAGUUUGCUGUAAUCAUCUGCUGUACCAGUCAUGAAAAAAAACAUGCAGAAAAACUGAAGAAAAACUUAGAAGACAUGGAAGUAACACCGGUCACUCUUGAUCUAAAAAAUGCACAGAAGGCAAGAACAUUGAUUCUACUGUUGUCAUCGCAUACACAGGAAAGCAAAGAGUUGAUUGAUAUAGUUAGUGAAGCAGCUGAGGAAGAGAAACCAAUCUUUAAUAUCGGUCUGGACAGCUGGUUCUCAAUCUUUGGUGAAAAGAACUGGAAGGACCAGGAAUUGAGAGAACAGCUAAUGAAUGCUCUGGCACGAUUGAACCAGACACCAGACACCACUCUGGACAGAAAUCAUUCCAACUUUUACGGCUUGGUUAAAGGAAUUAAAAAAUAUACUCAUCAGCCAAUAUUCUAUCUAACUGGACUAUGGGAGUUGGAAUACAUUGGAGAAAAUACAUCAAGAUAUACUGAUAUUAACGCAGCUUUUAAGAAAGAACCAGAGAUGCUUGGUGGAGAGCCGUAUGAAGGGAAUAUAGAUACACCACCUGCUGGAUCACAAAAAAAGUGUCCAGCUAUCAUCUUUAUUUACUUCAACCAUGGUGCGAAUGAAGUGCUGAGUGCCACUGACUUUGUGACUACUGGUGUGACUGGGUCAUUUGAUACAACUACCUGCACUCUACACAUGACCAGUACGACAGCCAUUUAUGAAUUCCAGAUCAACGCAUCAUCUGAUGUAAUGCUAGGACAUUAUAUCAACAAAGUUACAAAAAGAAAGUACAAAGUAAUGGCAUCUUAUUGUUCUGAUGGUUUGAGUGGUUUGUAUGAAUAUGCCAAUACUAUGAUUGGUAUAACGCAAAGUGGUGAUGGAGUUGGUACAGUCGUGACGUAUGAAGGUGUAUUUCCAGCUACGGUCAGCAAUGGACAACUAGUCUAUCACAUGUCUAUGCCUGCGGAGUAUGGUGGCAGUUCAACUAUAGCAGCUAUGGUAAACGAGUAUGCAGAUGGUAUUCGUCUUGAAGGAUAUAUGUUUUUGAAAAAACAGUUGCUGCCAAGGAUUUCGUUCAGAGCUGUCCAGCGUGUUCACAGAUUGAAUAGAAUUAUAAAGAAAGGAAAUCAAAAGUCGGAAGCUCCACAGAGUGUUCUCAAAUUGGUUGAUAAUUUUUUUAGUUGUCGACAAAAACGAGAUCACAAAGCAGUGAUGAAAUUGUUGUCACCAAUUGCCUCAGACAAUUAUCCUUUAGAUGUAUUUCUGAAAGAAGCGAAAGAUGCAGAGAAGAUGGAAGGAAAGUUAAUCCCCAAAUCUGCCCGAUUGGUCGGUAUACGGGAGAUGUCCUCCGGUGGUCAGAAAAUUGGACAAACUCGAUAUGAAUUUGAUCUUGAUUUUGAAAGAAGAAAGGAUUAUAGAUUCUCUUUUCUCAUUCAAGAUUCAGAUGGUCUUGUUGCAGGACUUGAAAGUUUAGAAGAGGAGGCUGUGAGUCAGCAUUUCAGUGAAUAUGACGUCAUGAUUAGCUAUCGUAGUUGGGAUGCUAGGUGGGUUGAUUUACUACAGGAAUAUUUAGAGAAACAUGGAGUUGUUGUUUGGAGAGAUCGGCGUAUGGAAGUUGGUGUCAACUGGAGUGAAGAUAUCACAAGGGCAGUCAGGAAAUCUGGAUGUGUAAUAAGCUGUAUAUCCGAAAACUACCUAGCCUCAGUCUUGUGCACAAAGGAAGUGCGCAUGGCAACGGAAGUUGGCCGUAGUGUUAUUCCACUUGUAUUACCCGAAACACAGACACCAAAAGGUCAAGGUCAGCGUAUGGUAUCUAGUCACUAUAAAGGGAAACAUUUACCACACAGUGUUGCACAUGAACUGUCAGGAAUUACUUGGAUUGAUUUCCGUGAAGUUUCCAAACUCAAUGAGCCUGAUCCAACAGACUUGAAGAGUUUUGAGAAGAAAUACGGUACACAUCUGCAGAUGCUUGUAGAUACAGUUUGUGAAAUUAAUGGAUUGCAUCGUGUGUCUGAUCUCACAGGUGAAUGGUUAAUAGAGGUAGGUGUUGGUGCAGACAAGGAAGAAGUCAUACUAAAUAUAACAGAGAUGGAUGGGAAUAAGCUGAAUGGAACUCUGACAUUGGUGAAGUUUCGAUGUGUUGAGUUUGAAUUGGAUAACUACUCGUAUUUUCGCGGUUCGUACUUGCGUGUCAGUGGCACUACACGUUUGGGUGUUUUAACACAGACAUUUGUACUAACAGCAACUUUGGCAACUGGUGGAAAUGUGUUCAAUGGAAAUUAUCAAAUGUUUGAAACACCGAUUGAGGUUACAAUUGGAGAGAAGGUGAACAUGGCUCAGCUGAUGAAGUACAAAAAUGUCAAGAAUGGUUGCUACCGACAACCAGCUAAGGGAGUGAGGAAAGGCGUUGGAGCUGAUUUGAGGAAGCAGUUUUUGUCUAAGUUUGAGAGAUGGGCUUUGGACAUGGACAUGGCAAAGGAGAUAAUACCAGAUGAGAAAGAAGUAGAAGAGUUACUGAAGGCUUUCAAUGUCUAUGACAGAGAUGGAAGUUCAGCAUUAGAUUUAGAUGAACUGGAUUUGGCUGUUAGAAUGUCUGGAACCCGGGCCACUAAGAAACAGUUGUUAGAAAUGAUGGAAGAAGUAGAUUUGGAUAAAUCGGGUUAUGUCGAUUUCUAUGAAUUUUUAGAAAUCAUGAAGAAAACUGAUCCAAAAAGAGGAAAAGUGAAGACAAGUAAAGCUACUGGAUGGUUCAGCAAGGGCGUGUUAUCACAAAAAGGUUCGGGUAUAUGUGCCAUCCAGUGAGCCAUUAGUCAGGCUUAUCUAGGUGUUAGUGAGUGAAAGUCCUUCUCUCUUUAAUCAAGAAAGGAGGUAAUAUCGGAUAAAUGGAAUAUCAAAUUUUCCAACCUACAAUAUCAAAUUUAUUAAUUUACAUCACUAUUCAUAUAACAUUUACAUUCACUAAAAUUUAUGUGCUGUUUUAUUGACACACAUUGUAGGCA